AUGGUUUUACUCCAGGAAACAAAGUUAUGUGGAGACAAGGUGCUUGAUUUACUUAGGUAUUGUUAUAAAUGGGAAGGGUUGUUUCAAGAUGCCAAAGGAUCCUCUGGGGGUCUUGGGAUUUUGUGGAAUUUAGAGGUCUUUGUGGUGGAUCCAAUUGCAUAUAAUGAGUAUUGGAUGGCCUAUAACAUUAAGAAUAAAGUAGGAGGUAUGGGCUUCCCUCUGGUUAACUUUUACAGCCUGAUUAAAACAGAUGAAAAACUAAGGGUAUGGAUAGAGAUCUAUAACCAACUACAAGGUUUGGAGAUGUGCAAAGUAAUCAUGGCUAGGGAUUUAAAUGCUAUACUGGAUAUAGAUGAUAAAGAUGGAGGUCUCAUAAAAAGUACCAAAGUAAUGGAGGACUUUAGAGAAUUCAUAUCAAAAUUCCAGGUGAUGGAUGUAAUUCCCAAAAAUGGUAAGUUUACAUGGACUAAUAGAAGACUCAAUUUCUUUGUGGGGGAAUGGUGGGUUAAUAGCAGUUUUUCCAUGGACACUAAGAUUGUCCCUCAAGCUGGCUUAGAUCAUUCAUUAGUUACAUUAUCCCUCAAUCAUGAAUCUCCCAAGAAUAGGUAUUACUUUAAAUUUCAGAGCAUGUGGUGGAGGGACCCUUCAUUCAUAGAACUACUAAGGACUUGGUGGCUGGAUAGCAACACAUUGUCAGGCUCCCCUAGCUUCUGGUUUGUGAAAAGAAUGCAAUAUAUUAAAAACAAAAUCAAGCAUUGGAAUAAGUUCUCAUUCAAAAAUAUCUUCACUGAAAAAUUAAAAAUUGAAGAAGAAUUGGAAGAAGUCAAUAAUAGAGUCAUGUAUGUAGGAAUGGACCGCAAUGACUAUCUGAAGGAAAAAUCACUUAAAGAACAAUAUGUGAAGCUACUAAAUAGAGAAAAAAUCCACUGGAGGGAUAAAUCAAGAGCUUUAUGGAUUGCAAAGGGAGACCGAAACAUAAAUUUUUUCCAUGCCUCUUCAAAGGGUAGAAGGACCAAGAACAAAAUUAUGACAGUUCUGGAUGGCAGUGGAGAGUUGAGAGAAAUGGAGGAUGAAAUCGAGCAAACUACACUAGAUCACUUUGAGAGAAUUUUGGGGAGCAAUAAUUAG